GCCCCCUAGAUCCACCGGAAUGCAGUGAAUCCCCCUCUCAUCUCAUGUAGGUCUUAUUUUAUUUUAUUUAUUUAUUUAUUUAUUUUUUAUCGUGCUCUCUCGUUGUGAGAUGAGAUAUACAUAGAGUUAUAUUAAUAAAGUGUCCAUCGGACACUUGGGAAAUUCAACACCCAAAAUAAUUAUAAAAGUAAUUUAAAACACUUCUAAAAACAGGUAGGCUGGCUUGAGAUGGGGGGUGGUUAUUGUUGGGUACAGUCACUAAUAUAGUUCUCAGUUUGUGUCAAACCAAACAAAAAGUUUCAUUCGAAACUGGUAGAUGGUACCAUGUGCAUACUGGCACCAUAACCACAACUGUGGGUUGCAAUGGUUAUUGUGGUUAGCACAGAUACAAAUACAUACAAUAUGUGGAUCGCACUCCUUAAAAUCUCUAAAAGAGAAUAAAAACAACACAAUAGUGUAAUACAGUAAACAAAUGGAUAUCCAGGGUAUAAAUGUAGAUGAUCAGGUACUCACAAACUGAGAGCCAAACAAGAACAUGUGGCUCUCAUGGAAAUAGCGCUGGGACUAUUUGUAGGAUGUCCCCUUCCUUCUGUGGAUCUUCCAAUGACCAGAAAGAACAAGCAGAAAACAUUUACUUGGAACAGUAAAGUGUUUAUUUAUCCCAAUAAAGGCAGGAGCAAAAAUAAGGGGAGUAUCUCCAAUAAAACUUAAAAUAGUCCAGUAUAGUAAAAAAAGAGUCCAAAAAGGAGUCUCUGGGUUACCGACUUCCAGUAAUUUGUUCCAUUAUCCAUUUUGUUCCAUUAUCUAUGUCUUUGAUGGUGUAUUCCCUAUUCUCUAAAUAUGACAUCAUAAAAAUUAAAGAUUAACACUGUAUAUAAAAAGGGGAUUAAAUUAAUAAAACAGUAAAAAGAAUGCAAUAUAUACAGUGAAAAGUGAUGCGAGUGCGGUCUAAACACCUGAGUGGGGAACCCCUUAUACCACAUUUAAAAUGAAGCACAGAUACAAAUACAUACAAUAGGUGGAUCGCACUCCUUAAAAUCUCUAAAAGAGAAUAAAAACAACACAAUAGUGUAAUACAGUAAACAAAUGGAUAUCCAGGGUAUAAAUGUAGAUGAUCAGGUACUCACAAACCGAGAGCCAAUGUGGCUCUCAUGGGAAUAGCGCUGGGACUAUUUGUAGGAUGUCCCCUUCCUUCUGUGGAUCUUCCAAUGACCAGAAAGAACAAGCAGAAAACACUUACUUGAAACAGUAAAGUGUUUAUUUAUCCCAAUAAAGGCAGGAGCAAAAAUAAGGGGAGUAUCUCCAAUAAAACUUAAAAUAGUCCAGUAUAGUAAAAAAAGAGUCCAAAAAGGAGUCUCUGGGUUACCGACUUCCAGUAAUUUGUUCCAUCCUAACAUGAAGCUGGGAUCUUCCCUAUCAAAAGUGGGAUCUUUUUCGAACCUGAGCCCUCUCUGGGUGAUUUGUUCAUUUACAUAUUUUUUGAGCGUAGCUACUUCCCAUUUUAUUUUCAUCUCUCGAAUUUUUAUGAUGUCAUAUUUAGAGAAUAGGGAAUACACCAUCAAAGACAUAGAUAAUAAAAAUGAAAUUGAAUAUACUAAUUCUGACACUUGUAAGAACCAUUUAGAAAGAGCUCUCAUUCGAGAGCCACAUGUUCAUGUUUGGCUCUCGGUUUGUGAGUACCUGAUCAUCUACAUUUAUACCCUGGAUAUCCAUUUGUUUACUGUAUUACACUAUUGUGUUGUUUUUAUUCUCUUUUAGAGAUUUUAAGGAAUGCGAUCCACCUAUUGUAUGUAUUUGUAUCUGUGCUUCAUUUUGAGUGGUAUAAGGGGUUCCCCACUCAGGUGUUUAGACCGCACUCGCAUCACUUUUCACUGUAUAUAUUGCAUUCUUUUUACUGUUUUACUGGGUUAUUGUGGUUAGUUUGCUUCUUUUGAGCACUAAAGUCUAUCUAAAAGUUUGAUGUGUGUCAUUAUCUAUGAAUAUCUGUGACAUUUUCUGCUCAGUUGAUCCUAAGUGAAAUGUGGAUGUGAUGAGCAUUAAAUAAUGUUCUGUUGAGGUAGCUAUGGCACCUAAUUGGAAAAUCUGCCAUUUAUGUUGAUGUUGUCCACUUUAGUAAGUGCUAAAAGUGGACUGUACCAGUGGAGCGGCACAAGAGUAGCAUGUGGACCUUAAACACAGAGUUGGAUCAUGAAAACCUGCGGACACGUUUUAGCUGUAGGAUAUUAACGAUGUUUAAUGGCUACUUUUUAAUGACAAGUAUGGAAAUGUGCCUUUCUUGGCACUUUAUACAUGGUGAUAAAAUAAAAAAAAAACAAGACCAAUAAUCACGUUUACAUUCAGAGCUUUUUUGUAGCCUGUGAACUCAAAAGUCAACUAACAAAUAACAUCUUAAACUCAAGACGAGAGGAUAUUUGUUUGGUAAAGUGAGUGAGGAAAUAUGGCUGGGGCACAGGGAUAUUAGGCUCAAGGAGCCUGGUUGUACUUAUUUAUACUACGCAAUAAAGGACUAGCAAGUAGGUAUAGCAAUAGGUAUAUAUAUUGUAUUGUGUAUAUAUAUUAUGCUGAAUCUACGGAUUUCAUUUAUAUAUAAAUUAGGUUUUAACAUAUUAUGACAUUUACAUUUAUAGAUAGUUUUUGUAUUUACAGAAUAUAUUUAGCUAUAUAUUCUGUGUGCUGUGAUAUUCAGUACCAGCCCUGCCACUGGUGAUAGUGAUAAAGUAUUGUUUGUUUUAUUACACCUGUAUAAUAUCUGUUCAUCAGUGAAAGUUCAUCCUUGUUAAUGUUGGCUCUCCGGGCGUUCCCUGUUUCUUUUAUUUAACUUUGAGAGUGGUAGGUCCUGCUGCUUGUAACAGGUUGAAAAAAAGGAGGGGCACAUGCAUUUCUUGAAUAUUUGUUUUACUCACCCUGCAGUUAACAAUUCAAGUUGUUAAGCACUUUCUGCUUUCUUUCAAGCUGUCAGGUUGCAGUGGUAUACUUGUGUGUGGUCGUGUGUCACAUUAUAUUAUUGUACACACUCAGUUUUGGAAAAGACUUGCAUAUUGUCACAUAAGAAGUUCCAGUAGCCGGACAAGAUGCCCUAUAUUUACCAAGAUCCAAAUAAGAAGGAACCAAGUGUUCCUGAAACAGCUAGAAACAUUCACUCAUCUGGCAAAAGCUAUCAAGAAAUUAAACAAGAGUGUCUACAGAAGGGGACUCUGUUUGAAGAUGUUGACUUCCCAGCUAAUGAUGGUUCUCUUUUCUUCAGUGAAAAACCCAAUAUCCCAUUUGUAUGGAAAAGACCAAAGGUAAGAAAAACCAUCAGUGCAUUCUGCAUCAGUUUGCUAUUACUCUAUUUAAAAAUUAUUUAUCAAUGGUCGAAACCAGGGGUGCCCAAAAGGUAGAUCCCCAUAUGUUUUAGAAUUACAGCUUCAAUGAUGCUUUAUCAUUCUAAAGACAUGCAAAACAUCAUGGGAGAUGUAGUUCUACAACAUCUGUGGAUCUACCUUUUGGGCAUCACUGUUCUAAACAGUGCAGGAAUCUUAGAAAGAGGCAGGGUAACUCCAGGACAAUUUACGUGGUGCCUAGGACUUGUGCCAAUAUGGGCUGUGCGACCUACAGAGAACUGUCAAUAUGUAUUUUUCUCUUAGAGUUGUGAAUUAACUGUAUAUGAACAACAAUUAAAUAACUCGGCAUGGGCUUGGGCUCUGCAAAUCAGUUUUUAACUAUUGAGAUUUGAAAAAUUAGGUGUAUGUACAUUCAAUGUGGCUUAAAAUCUCCAAAAUGUCUGUCAACUCACCACAACUCACACUUUAGUGGAUAGUUCCCAUAGUUAAAUUUGAGUUAAAGCAAAACUGUUACAUGUGGUGUUAAACUUUUUUGCAAACAUCACUCAAGAUGGCAUGUUCGUAUUCAUAGUGAUGUCUGGGGGAAGAGGGGAAACGUAUAUAUACUUACCUAAUUUUCUAUAUGUGAUACAAAAUUUUCUUCUUUAGCUCUUGAUUGUUCCUUCUGACAGGAACUGUGUCAUUGGCAUGCUAUAGCACAAAAGUAAAAAAUGGCGGAUCUAUGGAAGAUUCUAUAAGAUUUUGAGCAUGUGCAACAUAGGCUAAUUGUGGUUGCCAAAUCUAUUUCUAACUUAAUUUUUUGUAACAAUUCACCUAAAAUUGUCCCCCCAAACAUUGUCCAAAUAAGUCUUCAUCCUGUCUUAGGAUAUCCUUUGAUAGCAUUUGAAUUUCAGUUGAAAUUCCCCGUAGUCUUUAUUGGUUUUCAUAAAGAUUCUAUCUUUACAAAAAGAACUCAAAUGUGGCAGUGCCACUUUAUGUAAAUCAGUUAAGAAGAAUGUCAUAGUAAAUGGAAUUAGUUCCCUUUUCUGUCUGAAUGCAAAAUGUAUAUAUUUGAUUGAUUUAAGGAACAAGAGGCAUGCCGGAUUUAAGCAUUGAAUAAGAGGAGGUACGAUGGUUAAAUAAUGGCAUCAUGCAAGGUUAUUUGGUAAAAUGAGUGAGGUUAUUAACACAUAAAUGUCUUGGAGGAAUGUGAUUAUUUCUCAUUUAGGGAGAUCCAUAGACUAAAGGUAACUCCCUGACUGCAUUUAGGUAUUACUGAAACUACGUUGUUAUUAUUAUUACAAAUGUAGUCAUAAUGCUAUAACAUAUUAUGCAGCAUGGUGUUUUGAGUUAAUUAGAUUGCCUGAAGAGGAAAUAGGACGAGAAGAAUAAUUGUAAAAAAAAUAACGACGUGGGUUGUGCAGGAGGGAUAAUGAUGAAUUACCAGAAAAAGAGAAGGAAGGAUAAUAUAAGUAUAAGGUGAUCCAAGCAAAACAUGUAACAUGAAUACCCAAUCCUAAUAUAAAAUAAAGCAUAAUAAGGAGUAGGUGGUGGGCUGUUUCAAUAGCAACUGUGGACUGUGGGCUGGUUGGUGAAGUUUAAAAAUGGUAAGCACUAAACACUACCCCCAAAAUGUGUCUCUGACGCCUGAUAUUUCUGAUCUGAUAACAUGUAUUUAGCAAACAACAACAUUUUUAAGAGGUCCACCUCCACUCCCUGAUGCUAUUAAUCAAUGACAUUUCCAUGAGACAGGACAAUAUGCAAACCUGUUUUUGAAGGUAUCUAUUAUCUGACAGCCUAAGGCAAAAACCAAUAGGUCAUGUCUGAAAUCUUGUUUUUUGUUGUUUUUAUUUUCUUAUUGAAUGAAGAUGUUUAUUGGUACAAACUCAUAAGCAAUAGAGAUACAAGUCAUUGUGAAAUUGUCACAGAAUACAUAGAAGAGUAUUGAGACAUUAAUUAAAACAUAUGUCACAUAGUAUGUAACGAGUUAGCGUGUGGGUACAUAUGAGCGUGCAGUUUGAUACAAGGUAUGUUGGUUACUACCAAAUCAAUCAUCUGGCAAGUUGAUUGCUCUUUGGCAGGUGGACUUUAGAGGGGGGAAAAAUAGGAAGAGAAAAAAGGGCCUAUGAAGAUGUGCACUGUAUUUGAUCCAUCUGUUUUGAAGAAAAAUAGGGUAUUGAGGGAAAUCUUGUUUUUAAGACAUAAUAUUAGCAAAUUGGAAUUGACAUACAGCAUUGGUGUUAAUAGAGCAUGUUAAAAACUAUACCAGUGUAAAAACUGCCCACCAAUCACAUUUGAUAGGUAAAAAGAGUGCCAGAAUUUGGCGAAUUACACAUUAUACCAUCACAUGAAUGCUAAUAAGGACAAUUAAAGAGACCCUCAAGCUUCAACAUUGGAUAAUCACCGAUCCAUGUGACCUAAGGGAAGGACCAUAAGGGAUUUAAAAAUGGAAGAUUCUUAGAACCAUACCUACAGUUGACUGAAGAAGCUCUUCAAGAGUGAAACGUAUUUUGGCUACCUUUUAGAACAUUUAUUCUUGUAAUUAUCAUUAUUUUAUAUUAUAUGUUUAUAUUAUAAUAAAUGUCAUUAUUUUACAUAAGUCCUUUGGAGCCUCCAGGAAUCUUCAUAGGGGUAGUGCCAUCCCCACAAAAUUGGCACAAUACCUUCACACCUCAGAGCCGGGAUUGCUAGGCUCUGAAUAAGGUGAGCACCUCAUUUUAUUUCCACCUUUCCAUCUGGUUUCAACAGACUACAUAUUGGUUUGUCUCUUUUAGGCUUUCUUUUUGAGAUUUAUCCAACAACGCAUUGGAGGUGUGAUACUGCCAUAAAAGCAUACCAGCUUGAUUAAGGAGCCAGUAUUCAUACACAGGCUCCUUUAAAUGUGAGAGUCCUUAACUGUGUUCCACGUCACGUACCAUCUGCACUAUACUGUAUUUUUUUGUCUUUUAUCUUUUAAUCAAGUUUAUCUUUUAAUCUAGUUACGCGGGUUAAGUUUACCUCACUUAUGCAUUUUCUUUAUUUUCUAGCACUUCACUUAAAGGUGUAGGUCCCCACUUACAUCAUUUUACAGACUAGUGAUAUAUAUCCACCUACCUCAAAUCAUGAUAGAUUGCAAGCUCAAUUUAUCUGAGAACCAAAUGGAUCGCACCAUUUGGUUUGUCUGAAUCACUUUCCCGAAACAAAUGCAUGGCCGAAAUUUCUCUGUGCACAAGUCUAAAACAUAUAUGGGCGGUUUGAAUGCGCAUGCGGCUUUUGCCGCGCAUGCGCAUUUGGAGCUGAAAGGGGGAUCAGGGCGGAGGGAUCCCCAGUGCCAAGGGAGUCCGGCGCUGGAGAAAGGUAAGUGCUAAAGGGGUUUUAAACACACACACACACACUCUCAUGAACAGACGCAUACACACUAGCUAACAGACACACACAUUUACUGACAGAGACACACUCAGUGACAGACAUACAUAAACACUCACUGACAGACAGACACACAUACACACUCACUUACAAAACAUACACUCUCACUGACCAACACACUCACUAACAGACAUCAGACACACACAGUUACACUCACUGACACACACACUCACUGAUACACAAACUAACACACACACUGACACUCACUAGCAGACACACACAAACUAACACACACACACACAAAAACUAACACACUCACUGACACUCCCUAGUAGACACACACACAGUAACACACUCACUGACACACAAACGAACACACACACUGACACUCACUAGCAGACACACAUCCAAUAACACGCACACACAAAAAAUUAACACACACACACAGAAAAAUUAACACACACACCGACACUCACUAGCAGACACACACUCAAUAACAGACACACACAAACUAACACACACACACAAAAAACUAACACACUCACUGACACUCACUACCAGACACACACACAGUAACACACACACUGACACAAAAUCUAACACUAACACACAAACACAUGUUUUUAAAAAAUGUGAUCCCCCAGCCUCCCUACCUUUGGGAGUGCUGAGGGGAUUCCCUGGGGUCUAGUGGGGCUGCCCGGCGACCGGUCCUGCAGGCGGUGAGGGAGCACUCAUCCUCCUGUUUAGUUCCCUCGCGCGCCGCGUACUGAUGCCGGAGCUGGAAUGACAUCAUAUUCCGGCUCUGGCAUCAGUGCGGUGCACGCGAGGGAGCUGGGCAGAGAGCGCUCAGGGGAGAGUGCUCCCUUGCACGCCCGCAGGACCGGCCGGUGAAAGCAGGGCCAGCCUCAGGGGGCCCUGCGGUGGCCAGCUCCUGGGCCCCCCAGGAGAAGAGGCUGGCCACACUGGUGUACAUACUGGGUCGCAGGGCGUCCGGGACCCCGAUAUAUAUGCCAGUGCCUGCAUUUGCCCUUUUCUAACUCAAGAUACAAUUAAGGCACUUAUCCAUGAACUGAUAAUUUCAACUAUACGGCUAUUGCAACUCGCUACUCAACAGCCUUCCAAAUCCUAUAUCAUUUCCUCCAGUGGCUGCUGCACAGAAGGAAAAUGAGAACCACUGGACCCCAGGUAUGGAGAUGAAGCAAGGUUUCAGAGGGGAGAAUGGACAUGAAAAGGCAGGGAUGAUGGACAUGGAAAGCGGGCCUGAUAGACAUGAAAAGAGGACAAGGAAAUAGGGAAUGAAAAUGGAAAUGGAGAGAAUUUACAUUGAUAAGGGGAAAUGGAAUCUAGGUUCUUCAUCAGACAUAAAAAGGGGGAAAAUACAAAGGGGGGUAAUGGACAUAAAAUCCUGAACUCGGUUUGUCUCUUUUUGUUUGUUUCUCUGUCUGACUGUAAGCAAAAUAUUGUAGUCAUAUAAAGGAUUGGUUAAUGGAUAUUUUGCCUUUAAUAUUGGUGCUGUUGGCAUCUUAUUGUACUUAUUCUUGCAAUUUAAAUGAAUUUUGUAGUUUCAUGUUUUAUGCUUUAACUUUUUUCUAUAUAGCUAUUUUUUUCAAUAUAUAUAUAUAUAUAUAUAUUUAUUUCAGGGGAAGGUGGAGGGUGUGUGUAGCUGGUCUUCCCUAAGGUGAAAAAUGCUUUACUGUGAUACUAUUAAACUGCAACCUCUGCUAACAUUGUGGCAGCCCCUCAUAAGGUUGAUUGAGCAUCAUGGAAAAUGUGGUUCUCAAAUAUCUAGGGCAGGGGUGCCAGCAUUAUGGCUGUUAUAGCAUUAUGGGAGAUGUAUUCCACAAUAUAAGGAGUGCCUACCCCUUGGAUGACAAGGUUAGCCAUAGCUAUUGUUAAACAAUGCAUCAUUACACUGGUGGCGGCUGUGAUACUUAUGUUUAGAUUAGAGGAAAAGCUUAAGAUAUUAUAGCAUAGUCUGACUUGUAAAGAAAUGAUCUGCAAAUAUUUAAUUGUAUAUUGAGGUGGUGUGUCUUGGAGUUAUCUCAAAGUCUGCCCAAGUCUUACAGCAUUGUACUGGUGACUAAAAUUUGAAUACACAGUAAAGCAUUUUAUAUCUAGGUGUGGUUCAUUACAGAUAGCUGUUAGCAUGUUAAUAGUGUAGCUUGAGAAAGUUCUAGACCAAGCACUGAACUGGGCUAAGCGUAAUUAACCUUGUUCGAAUCUUGGCUCAUUGGUCUGUGUGAAAAUGGUAACUGUAAAUAUGGGAACCUUAGCAAUAUUUUAUUACGUGCUGUACACACUGACAUAUUGUGGAUACAGACCUACACUUAGGUUAAAGAAAUGAGCUUUGUUUGACUAUCAUGUGGAGUUUUAUGGGCUGUCUUGUAUUAUGUGAGGCAUUUAAGGUUGCACUGCUAAUCGUGAAGUUAUUACAGUUUUUUUGCAAAGACACUUAAAUUGACAUCAAGGUCAAAUUUACAUCACAAGCUCCUGUAGGCACAAAAUUCCCUAGUGCUCCACCAAUCCCUCCCCACCCAAACUAAUAAAAAAAGGUUCUUUAUUACCUUUGAAGAUAGCAAUAUAAGCAAUCUAAAGUGUUAAUACGGGGCCAAGAAGUAGCUAACAAAGUUAACAGAAGCAACAAUCAUUACAAAUUGAAAUCAGAUUCUGAGUAACAACCCCAGUCCUGCAGCAUUGUGUUUGUCUGUUGUUGGCGUUUAAAUGCAGGACUGUUUUUGUGUACAGAGUUGGAGUUUGAAUGCAGGGUUGUCUUUGUGUGAUUGCAUACACCAAUAUGGUGUAUUCCCACGUACAUAUCCACGGCCACAUACACACACAAGGGCAUAUUGCCAUACACAGAAACGCCACACAGAUGCAACAGACAGAACACACACACAGAUUGACACACAUGCACAGUAACACUGACACAUCAGACUGACACACAUACACAGCUUCAUACACUGACGCACUCAAACACCCACACAUAUGCAUAGAUACAUACACUAGCACACAUGCACAGAUACAUACACUGACAAAUAGAAAUACUUACAGACCUGCACAGAUGCAUACACUGACACACAAACACUUACACACAUGCAUACAAUGAAACACAUAGAAACACUUACCCUCUCUAUCAGUCCAAAUGAGCCUGCUUAUGCCCUGCCUCCAUCUCUUGCGUGGCGAGACCUCUCAGCACCGCUGGCCCUGGUGGUCCAGUUCUGCAGUUACUGUUUUUGUUUCCCUGGUGGUGCGGUGGUGAUAUGUGCCUCCCUUCCGGUAAUUCUGUAUGAUAUUCUCUUAUUUGCAGUUCUGACACUCACAAUUGAGGCAGAAGGCAGGCUGAAAAUCCUCUUAGCCACGCUCUGACUCACUAACUGAGCACCGGAACAGCCAAGGGGAGGAUAUUAUGGAGGGUUUCCAGAUGGGGUGCAGAGCAUCACAUAUAACCACCGGACCACCAGAGACCUGCCUGAGGAGUGCAGCCGGCACUGAACUCCUUGCAGGGCAGCAACACACAAGCAAACUAAGUAGAGUAAGCUGCCUGCUGCUGCCCUGCUUGCACUUUCCAUCCCAUUGACAGGUGGAACUCCAGGGCCUGGUUGCAGUUGCGGGUUUUGGGACCCUGGUAGUUCUAAUAUUUGACACAGCAUGUGUCUCAGAUCUCAGCUACAGAGUGGCUAAUCCCUCCCCCCCUCCCAUUUUCUAUAUUACCCAUUCUCCAGAACUAGAAUAUUAGUAUUUCUAAACCAUUGCAAAUAAUAUUUUGCCACAUAAAAUCUGGUGGGCGCUGCCCCAAGUGCUCCUAUUGACCAGCCUCCACUGGCCUUGGCUAUUAAAAUUAAAGCAUAUUUAUUAGAAUUUUGUUUUUUAAUCAUAAAUGUUUUUCACAAAUCAAAGUACUACUUAACUAUAUGUAUUAGGCAAACACAAGAAAAUAAAAUAUGGAGAAUAUAACCUUUUAUUGUCUAUAUCUUACAUUUUACUAGCAUACCAUGCAUUUUUUGGAAAGGCAAAAUUCUUUCUAAUUUGAAUCCCUCUGUAAUUCAGUAGAUAUGGUAAACUCUACCUAAACCAUCCAAGAACUCGAGGUUGCUGCAGGGAUCUGCUGCAGUUGCAGCCUAUGCAUGUAAUGGGGCCUGGCAAUGGUGAGAGGCUCUGAGCUUUAAUGAGUGACCAAGGGAUAUAUUUUGUGCUGAUCUUGUGCUUGAGAUGUUAAUUGAAACUAUGUGUAAAUCAUUGAAUGCAUUCUGGCAAUUCUUCUUGUUCCCUAAAAGAUCAAUGUGUCUCCAUCUUCCUGGUAUGGUGUUUAUCAUAAUGAUAUAUAAGGCCAUUGAGACCCAUCACAUUGGUCCUACUGUCAUUAAUACAGAAUAGAACAAAUGGAUGUCUAAAGAUCUGGUGAUCUCAAUCAUGAUUAAUUAGCUUCAAAACAGUUUCUUUCCUACUCUUUCUAUUAUAAUUUUUCCACUAUAAAAAUCUUUGAUAAUUAUUGUUAGUAAUUAUCUAAACCGAACUUGAGCCUAAGCAGCAUUAAGAACAGGGAGAAGGUGGGGUGUUUCUCAAAGUGUUACACUUGAAGAACACUUACUGCAAAAUUAAAUGUAGUAAUAUUUACAGGUACGUUAGCAGGGCAAAGCAAUGACCUCAAUCACUCAUCUAUAGAAAUUGACUAAUAAAACAAAAAAAUAAAAACAUGUUUGGAAACCUUUAUGUAUGCAAAAGAGUGAACCAAACUAGCAUUUAAAUGUCUAAACGAAAUCUAGACAAUUGCAAUGCAGCAAAGAAUACCUAAUAAUUUUAAUGCAAACUAAUUUGGUUCUACUGAAGGUGGACAAAAUGUCCUAAACGAUGUUGGUUGCAAAUAUUUGCAUAUAUUUGCCUUUUGUAAUGUAUUGUGUUGUAUGUUUUAAUAAGGAAACCACUGACUGAGAUGAUUUAGGGUUUAGGGGGAAUGCAGGUUACAAUAUAUAGAGGUUUCAGUAGAUACUUGCAUAACAACUGGAGUUGCAAGGGGUACAGUUCCAGCCAGACCCAGGAGCUCUUUACUCUCAAAUUGCAUGAGCAGCCGGAAAGCAACCUUUGAUCUCAUUGACAACAGCAGAGAUCUUCAGAGCCUUUUCCCUUUGUGGCUAAGGCUCAUAGCUAUGACAAUGGCAUGCCGCAUCAAAUUCAGUGUAUGUAACCUAAUGAAGUGGAGCACACACAGAAAAGACACUAGGCCAUGUUUUACUUCCAUGGAGAGAUAAAGGAUAACUUAGUACAAAUAGGGACCAUAGUACAAAUAGGGAAAAUUAUGAGUUGGUAUCCUCCAAAGCACACCUUCAACACUCCAGCCAGCAUAUAGACAUUCCUGUAGGAAAUGAAAAGGAGUCUGGACCUACAAUGGGGCAGACACUGUAUAAAUUACACUUGUGCACAUCUGAAAAUUUUUAUUCAGACGAAUCACUUCAUCUGGAAAAAAUAGUUCCAGUAAUCCAAUAGUCGCCCAUGUGUUGGCAUGGCUCAUCUGAAAAAUGUAUAUUUUUGUCACCAAAAAUGUAACUCUAAAUCAAACAAAAAUACUUGUCCAUUGCACAAGUCGUUUCUUUGGUUAUGUCCAUAUGGCGCUUCAGAGUUACGGAAUUAGGACGAAUAUGCAGUUAUUUCCUGUUUACUACCUGUGUAAUGCUCCCACAUUUGAUUUAUACUUUUUACAUGUGAAUUGCUUAGAGAAACUUAAAUAAUAAAAAUGCUAAAUAUGAUGCAGUGUAAUUGUUAGAAUUUCUGUAACUGGUGCCUGCUGAUAUAGCAUGUCACCUCUUAUUUGACAAGCAGGUGUUGAAGUUGAUACCAUAUCCUGUUAAACCUGCUUUUAUGCUUUUGCAUGACUCACUAAUUAUAUGUGCACUUGCUGCCUGUGAAAUCAAUAUAUACCCAAUGUAUUUCCUACUAGAUUGGCUACAGGAUUGGGGGUUAGUUUUAAAGGGUCAUUAAUGAUACAAUACUUGUAUUCUGUUCAUUCUGGGGGUUUAUUUGCUAAACUCCUAAUCCAGAUGGCUACAUUUAGAAUAAAAUAGUUUAUCUGAAAACAGUCUAGAAAAUUCAGCAAUAGAUGUAGUGGACCCCAGGUAACAGGUUAAAUGGCAGACUAUUUAUAAUGGGGGAGGGGUCAUUAUUGGCACCGUAAGUACUAUAGCAUGCUUGGAGUGUUUCUUUAACCCCUUAAGGACAGAUGUAAAAAAAUUAUAAAUAUAUAAUAUGACAUUUUAUUCUAACUUUAUUUUGAUUUUAAUAUAUAUAUAUAUACAUAUAUAUAUAUAUAUAUCAAAAUACACUUAGAAUGAUUUUAUAUAUACAUCUAUGUAUAUAUAAAUAAUUUAAAUAAUUUAAAAUAAUACAAAAUAUAUAUAUAUAUCCAUAUACAAAAUUACAUAAAUAAUUUCAUAAAUAUACACGUAGACUUCAAAUAUAUAAAUAUGUAUAUAUUUAAAUUCUACAUGCAUAUUUAUGUAAUAUUUUUACAUAAUUAAGUAAUGUUAUUGAUUGCAAUUUGAGGCACCUGCCUGACAACCCAGGCCGAAAGUCCAGAGAAUUUAAUGAUAUUGUCAGUGAAAGUGAAGUUUUUUGCAUUUUUCACACACAAACAGCACUUUCACUGAUGAUAUAAUUGUUGUGAUACAUUUUACUGUUUUGAAACACUAAUAUUUGUGUUCAGCAAAGUCUCCUGAGUAUAACAGUACCCCUUAUGUACAGGUUGUAUAGUGUUUUUGAAAGUUACAGGGUCAAAUAUAAGGGUCAAUUUUUUUUCACUUUUUCAAAGUAAAUUACAUGACAUGAUACAAAUAAUGGUAUGUAAAGAAAGCCCUUCUUGUCCUGAAAAAAAAAUAAAUAUAAUUUGUAUGUGAACAAUAAAUGAGAGAGCGCAAAAUUACAGCUAAACACAAACAUCACAAAAGUGUUAAAACAGCCCUGGUUCUUAAUAUACAACAUGGCCAAAACAGGCCGGUCCUUAAGGGGUUAAGAUAGUAUUCUUGUGUGAAUUACCUUGCACUCUUUUGUUUUUGUUUGUUUGUUUUUAUUUAAAUGCUGAUUGUAUUUUCCUUUUCCUCCUUUACCUGGCGCAUUUUCGUAUCAAAUCUUACAUAAUGUACUUGAUUGUGAUAUCUGUUUUGCAAUGUAUAUCAUCUAUGUGCCAUUGUUCUUUGCCGCUUUAAAACUUUAAUAUUUGCCAUCAUUAGGAACCCAUAAAAGUAUGUUUGGAUCUUAGUCAGCUCAAAGUGGAGUAUGGAGCAGCCAGGGGAAAGUCUUGUUGGCCAACAACUUGUAUAGUUUAGUUUUUUGUUUUUUUUGAAAACUAAGGAAGGUUUUGCUAAAAGGGGUUUUAGGUAAAACUGGACCCCAUAGUUUGAGAUAGUAAAUGUGAAAGAUAGCCAAAUGUUGCCAGAGGCUUGUGGUAGGGUUGUAUCUCUAAUUGGAGCUUUGCUAAAGGUAAAGAUGAUAUUGCAGAUAGUGAGGAUUGACAGACCUGUUGGAAAGACCUGGGUGUGUUACUUAGGAACAGAGUAAGAUUAUACUUUUGCGCCUGUAAAUCUAGUUUUGGUGUUAUAAAGAAAUGUCCCCAGGGUAAAUGUGAAAGGAAUGCAGUGUUUCUUUGAACAAACUAUUUUCAAAUUGACAAAGACCUGUUAUAAUAAAAGGAUUUAGUAAACUCUGAAUAUUUUACAUUGGAGUAGAUGGUAUGGAUGUUACAAACUAUGAGUAAUCAUUCAAAUAUGUAUUUUGUUACUGCAACUAAAAUAUAGUUAAAGGGAGUCACUAAACAGCAAGAUUAAAUCAUAUUGCAUAAAGAUUAUGAGACUAUAAAUGGAGAAAUGUUGCAUUAAUUGUCCAAAAUAUAAGCAGAUAUAUAAGCAUUAUUCAUUAUAGAGUAUAUCAGACAAAAGAAAACUGAUUCUUCGAUUAUACAUAUAUAUUAUUAUAUCUAAUAUGUUGUCUGAGCAUAGCCUUAUUCAGUUCAGUAGAAUAGGUGGUACAACCAGGGGUGGAAUUGCACCAGGGUACAUAGUCUUGUGGGGGACCUUCACAAUACAAUGAAAAAUAAUAAAACAAAUAAUUAUUUGUGCAUUUGUGUGAUAGAAUGUGUAUGUGCCUUUCAGUGAGUUUGUGUCUGUCAGUAAAUGUGUGUGUAUGUCUGUCAGUGUGUGUUUCUUCUGUGUAUAAGUGUGUGUAUCAGUCCUAAGUGUGUGUAUCAAUGUCCCUUGUGUGUAAAUAUGUGUUUGUCAUUGUGUGUGACUGAUAGUGAAUGUGUUUGUGUCAAUAAGUGUGUCUGUCAGUGUGUGCCAAAUCAGUGAGUGUGUCUGUCAAUGAGUUUGUCACCCAUCUUCUUCAGCCAUUUCGGCCGUUUAGACGCCAGCUGCGAUAGCCCCGCCCCCUUUUAUGACGCGGCGCAACUUCACCGACGUCAUGAUGUCACAGCCCGCCGAAAAGUUCAAACCAGGAUGUUUUGGGGGCAUGGACAUCAAUUAAAGAGCCAAGGUAUAAAAGGCACAAACAAAAAGAUAGAAAGAUGGGUGAAUGGGCAAUGGAAACUGAAUGUAAACCAAGUGCAGGCUAGCCUCUGUAAAUUGGACACUCCAAAUCCAAUAAUAAACAACAGGUAUAUGCAAACUAACAGGGUGCCACAAUCACUAAAUCGGUGUAUGCAAAGGGGAGAACCAAAUACUUAAAUAUAUCUGAUAUCUGGAUAAAAAUAAUAAUUUAUUAAUACAGAAUAAAUAAAAUAACAGCACAAUAAUAAGUGCUCAAACAUAUAAUGAACAGGAACCCAUAGGUAUAGCAGCUCACUAAUACAUAAUGCUGAACUGGGCAAUAAAGUGCAAAUGCUAAAGUGCAAAGUAUAGUAUGAAAGUGCAAAUGCUCGAAUACAAAGAACUAGUACCGAAAGUGCACCAAAUCAAUAACACAUUAGCAUACAAAUAGCCCAAAGAUAAAAAAGUAGACAGUCAGCACAGUCAGCACACAUAAACAAUAAAGCCGCUGAUACCACAAUGCAGGGUCCCAAAUGAUAGUCAAUGCUCAACGCGUUUCGUCGUCAGACUUCCUCAGGAGCUUCUUCCAUCUUCCUCCACCUUCUUCCUUUUAAAUCUGCCGGUCCGUCUGCCGGCUUCCGUGAUUGCGCAUGCGUUCAUGCGUCACCACGCAUAACGUCAUACGUCAUGACGCAUACAUGGCCGGUAUGCGCAUGCGCAACCACGCCGGAACGCAGAUAAACUUUAUUGUUCAUAUACACAAUCGCAUUAAGAGCGAUCUAUAAAAAGAACGCUCUAUAGAAAUGCAGACCGGAUUUACAGAACCUGCCUACCCCCCUGCUAACCCCUAAACAGAGGAAUACUAAAUAUACAGAGGGGGAAAUAUAAAUAAGACAGGUACACAAAAGGAAGAAAAAUAUGGAAAAAAUGUAUAAUACAAGGCAAAAAUUAAAAAAUAUAUAGAAUAUAAAAAAUAUAAAAUAUAAAAAAUAUACAUUAAGGAAAAAAGUGAUAAAAAAUGAGUCCAUUUAUAUUUCCACAAUAUCCAUCAUAAUAAAAUAAUAUAAUAUACAUAGACCUUACAAUAAUAGAUCAUCUAUAUGAUAAUAUCAAUAUAGAUGUACAUAAAUGAAAAAACAUAUCAGGGUGUGGACAGCGUCAUCCAAAAUUUUUUCCCCAAAUUUUUUUAUUUAUUUAUUUUUUUAAAUACACAUGAGUAGGGGUAAAUUUAAAACUGUAGAUGUAAAAAAUACAUAUACAUAAGGAUGAUAAUACUAAUGAUGAAAGAUGAAGGCAUAUAAAUUCAAAUAAAGUGCAAUAUUCACAUAUACAUGACUUAUUUCAACAUGUGAUAAAAGAUGAGGGCAUAUAUAUGCAUGCAAAUAAAAUGCAACAUAUAAUAACAUUAAAUUGAUCAAUAUAAAAAUCAAUAUAAAAAAUGUAUAUAGAAAAUGUAUAUAAAAAAUAUAUAUAUACAAAAUAUAUAUAUAAAAAUAAGUAUGUAUAAAAAACAAAUAAAUAAAAGACAUAAAAAGAGGUCAAAGAUAAAUCGUCAUUCAAUCAGUCUAUAAAAGCUAUUAUAUCCAGAUCAGUAUUCAUUCCUGAGGGAACAGAGGAUUUCAUUUUAUAUACCCACUCUGUUUCUCUCAUGGCUAACCUCUUUUCCGUAUCCCCACCUCUCCAGUGAGGUAAAACCAUAUCGAUCCCAAUACAAAUAAAAUCCUUAAAAUCAAAAUCUUUACAUGUAUUACAAUGUCUAGGUACACUAUGUUUCUCAUUUUUGUUCUUGAUCCCAUUAAAAUGUUCAAGCAAUCUAAUGUGUAAUUUUCUAAUAGUCCGUCCAAUAUAUUGGACCCCACAUUUACAUUGUAACAGGUAUACCACAAAUUUACUAUGACAGUUGAUAAAAUGUUUUAUUUUAAAAGUUUCUUUAGUCACCAUACUAGAAAAUUCUGUGAUCUUAUUCUUCUGAAAUUUGCAUGUGCUACACCUACCACAUUUGAAAGAAACCAUUAGGCCUUUCUAUUAAAAAAAUUGUCUUUUCACUCUCAACUGUUUUUUUAGGCAAAAUGCUAGGAGCUAAAAUGGUCCUCAAAUUAUUAGGUCUUUUAUAGAUUACUCUAGGGUUCUGAGAUAGGAUCUUUUUUUAAAACUUAUCUUGUAGUAAAAUAGGCCAAUUCUUCUUGAUAGACUUCUCUAUUAGGUUGGCUUUAUUACUAAAUUUUGUCAAAAAAGCAAAUUCAGACUGUUUCCCAGCACCCUUCUUAGCCUCUUUAUUAUUCAUUAAAAUAUCUUUCCUCUGGUAACCUUCUACCUGUUUUUGUGUAUUAGAUAGAAGUUGUUCUGGAUAAUUCCUAUCUAAAAAUUUCUUAUUCAGAACUUGGACUUGUUUUUCAAAAUCCUCUUUCUCAGUACAAUUCCUAUAUAAUCUCAGGUGCUGUCCUUUGGGAAUAUUUGUCAGCCAUUUUCAAUGGUGGCAACUAGAAAACUCAAUAAAACCAUUUCCGUCUGUCGGUUUAAAAAAUGUUUUACUAAAAUUUUUUUUAUCUUUUAUAAAAAGAGUAAGAUCUACAUAGUUAAUACACGUAUCAUGAAUUUCUUCAGUAAACCUCAGUCCAUAUGUUUUAGAAUUGAUAUAAGUUAAAAAUUCAGCUAAAAGACUUCUACCUCCUUUCCAGAUAAUUAAAACGUCACGGAUAUCUUCUCCAUUGCACCAGGUUCGCACCAAAUGGGUUGUUUCGCCAAAUAUGGUUCAACUCCCAAUCAGUCACAAAAAUAUUGACAUAACUUGGUGCGAACCUGGUGCCCAUCGCUGUUCCACAUGUUUGAAGGUAAUAUAACCCUUCAAACCAAAAAUAGUUGUGGAAUAGGAUGAAUCGGAUGAGAUCUAAAACAAAGGUAGCCUAUCCCUGAUUCAUAUCUGUAUCACACCUCAGGACAUUUUGUACCGCUUCAAUACCCUUCUCAUGAUCAAUCACGGUGUAUAAAGAGGUGACAUCGACUGUUACCCAAAGGUAUUCAUCUUUCCAUUCAAGACCUUCCAAUUCCUUGAUGAUCUGGACGGAAUCUUUGGUAUAUGAUUGAGCUAAAACCACAUAUUUCUGCAAAAAGAAAUCAAUAUACUGUGAGAUAUUACUUGUUAGAGAUAAUAGGUCUUCCUGGUGGGGAUUCCAAGCAUUUAUGUACUUUAGGUAAGUAAUAAAAGACAACUGUUUUAGGUGAGUUAAUAAAUAAGUAAUUAAACUCAUCCCUGUUUAUAAUCUCAUUCUUCAAACCUGUUGAUAAAAUACCAUGUAAUUCCUCUUUGAAUUUGCCUGUAGGAUUACUCUUUAGAAUUUUAUAGGUAUCCGAGUCACUUAGUAUCCUCAGUGACUCUUUCAUAUAGUCAACUCUAUUAAGGAUAACAAUACCUCCGCCUUUAUCAACCUGCCUAAUUACUAUGUCUUUAUUUUCUUUUAAUUCUUUUAAGGCUUGUUUUUCUUUCCUAGUUAAAUUAUCUUUACCUCUACUUUUAGAGAGUUUCUCAAAUUCACUCAUCACCAUUUCACAAAACACUGGUAUAUGGUCUCCCUUUUCCCAAGUAGGGAAAAUUUUUGAUUUAUUCUUUAAACCAGAAUGUACAAUUUCGGGUGCCAUAGAUUCAAUUGGGAUCACAUCCAUCAUUUGAUCACUCUGUGAGUCUCUAAAAGCAAUAACUCCAUCAUUUUUCUUUUCAAAAAAUCUCUUAAUAGUCAAUUUUCUUAAAAAUUUCUGUGUAUCUAUAAAAGGUUCAAACAUAUUGGGAUCUGUUUGUGGAGCAAAUUUUAAUCCUUUAUUAAAAACCUCUAAUUGUUCCUUAAUAAAAAUCUCUUUUGAUAAAUUAAAAAUGCCUUCAAUGCUCUUUUUAUCAUUUAAUCCGACAUUUCCCCUUCCUCUAUUUCCCCUAGUCCUCCUGUUGCCCCUAAAAGUCUCCUUUUCUUGGAGAGUGUUUGGAAAGUUUGUAGAGGGGAGAACCUUUUUCUGUGGGCCCAGACAUUUUGUCCUUGUUUGGGUCGAUUCUCUAAAAAAAUCUCGGAUUGGUCAUGUCUAUCUCUUGUUCUACCAUUUGCCACAUUACUCUGGGUAGAGGGUCUAUCUUUUACCCCAUUACUCUGGUUAGAGGAUCUGUCUUUUAUUCUGCUAUUCAUCACAUUACUUUGGUUAUCUUUUCGUCUCACCACCCUAUUUUGUUCCUCAUAGUUCCUGGUUUUCUUAACAGAUGAUUCUCCAUAAUCAUCUCUAUUCUUCUUAUGGGUUCUAGAGUCUCUAGGGAUAUUGUUUCUGUCAUGCCUUCCUCUAAAAUCUUCAUUAUAUUAAUAAGGUCUAUUAUUACGAUUAUUUCUAUUAUUUUGAGAGCCCCUAGGUCUCUUUUUUCUCCAUUCUCUUUGUAUGGCUUUUCUAUAAUCAUCUUUAUCUCUACUCAAUUUAUUUUCCUUAAUGUUUAAAAAAAUUUCUUCUAAUUUUUCUACAUUCUUAUUCAAUAACUUACUAUUUUCUUUUAUUGUUUCUUCAUCAAAAGCCAUAUUAAUCUCAGAUUCCACUGAGUGGAUUUCCUCCUCUAUGUUAUUUUAUUUAUUCUGUAUUAAUAAAUUAUUAUUUUUAUCCAGAUAUCAGAUAUAUUUAAGUAUUUGGUUCUUCCCUUUGCAUACACCGAUUUAGUGAUUGUGGCGCCCUGUUAGUUUGCAUAUACCUAAGGUAUAAAAGGUACUCACUUACAGUGUGUCAUUGCCCUGUCGUGGUUCUAGCUUGUCUGUUCCCUCAGUGCUAUUUCUGUGAUUGAUUUUGGUUAUUGACUUGGCUUUGUAUUCUGACUUUGCUACUUUCUCCUACCCUUGUACUCGGCUUGGCUUUCGCUUUCCUGUCUUCUCGUUCACUCGACCGCUGCUUGUUCCUGACCAUUCUUUGUUUGUGUGACGUUAGUCCGGCCACUCUAAGGUCUGGUAUACGUCUUUAUAUUUGUUAGUACUCUGCGUGUUGAAUCCCUGUCUCGAUCCUUACAGUAUGUGUGUAAUAUAUUUUCAUUUUGUGACUUUUAUACUUCAGAUUGUUCAUACACUCUUCCUUACAUACACAAUAUUCACACUAUAUCAUAGUUAAUUGAAAAACAUUCUUUACUAACUUUAAUUAGGCUUGUUUAAAGGCACACUAUAUGUCCCUAUAUGGGUUUAAAGGGACACUAUAGUCUCCAGAACAACUAGUUGUUCUGAUGAGUAUAAUAGUUCCUUUCAGGCUUUUUUCAUGUAAACACUGUCUUUUCAGAGAAAAGACAAUAUUUACAUUGCCUCUAGGGACACCUCCAAGUGGCCACUCCUUUUUUUUUUUUUUUUGACAAUCUUUGUUUAUUGAGAGAAUUUAGUUUUUUUACAUAGCAACGUACUUUGUGAUACAGACAAGAAAUAAUGGGAAGGGGGUGUACACGUUUGUAAGAUUGUAAAACAAGCUUUUACAGUUUUCAGAGCAGUGAUACAUAACUUUCCAGUGAUAUCAUGUACAUUUAAAUUACAUUUUAUUUUGCUUAUUGAAUGUAGCGAAAUUAGAGAUGGAUAGGCUCCUCACUAGUUCUAGGUGAAAUACCAGACUAUAAAGUGAGCGUGGUGGCCACUCCUUAGAUGGCCACUGGAGGUGCUUCCUGGGUCAGUUCUGUCCUAUAAGGAGGUCCUAAUUGGCCAAAAAUGGCAUUUGGCCACCCCCGUGCCAAUUUUUGCCAAUCCAAUGCUUUCCCAUAGAUUGGCUAAAAAUCGGCAGGCCCGCGCAGAGCUGGAAAUAAGGUGAGUUAAACUUUUAUAGGGGAGCUAAAUGGUGGGUUAAACACCUAAAUGGUGGGUUAAACACUAUAGCGUCAGGAAUACAUGUUUGUGUUCCUGACCCUAUAGUGUUCCUUUAACUUAAAAAUCAGUCUCUACACAUUUCAUUUGGAAUUUAAAUCAGUAGAAAUUACUUUCUCAAGGCAGGGUUACUUGGGAUUUUUUUUUUUAGACCUCCAGGAGUACUUCUCAAUAAAAGGUUGAGAAAAACUGCUGUAGAUAUGCCAAGAGCCAGUAUGUAAUGUCACUCCAGCACUAGCAUCACUACAGGGCAGACUGGGUAGCUGUGCAGUAAGAGCAUGAAGAUCAGAACAGCGCCCCACUGGUAACCAGGGAGGGAUCCAUUGUAGCUCUUCCAAAAGAGAGAGAGCGUGUGUUUGUGUGUGAAAAUGAGUGUAAUAAUGUAUUUGUGUGUCAGAAUAUGUGUGAGAAUGUGAGUAAAACCCAGCCUCCAUGCACAAUACAGACUGAACACUGUGAUAUGAUUUUCUAAUGAAUAGAUGAUUUGGUACAUAACAGGUAGAAUGUCAUUGUAGUGACAGCUGCCUAUUACAUUAUAAAUAAUGUUGGUAUGAAGCAGUAAUCAACCUCUUUUUAGAAUUAGAGGGUCGCUGCUUGGUUUGAAGUUUAUUACAUUUUCUUAUCCUGAGGUUUAGCAGGAGAAGACCAAGCAUUUGUCUGAGAAAAUCAAUGAGAGCCACAUUAAACAACCAUCUUCUUCUGCAGCCAAGUCAAGGAUACAAGAACAUUUAUUCAAUACUUUACAUUUGGUAAAGUGAGCUGUUUGCCAGCAUGAUUCAAGUAUCUUUCUACAACCAGAUGAAACUUUUGAUGAAUAAUAGCCUUGAGGAGAAAGUUCUAUUGUUAAUGCAGUAUAGAUUACAUAAUACUUGUUAGAAAAUAUCAUAGAGUAUGUUGUUAUGGACUACACUAGUUUUUGCUUUUGUAGAAAUGUUGUAGAGUACAAAGAAAAUUGCAUGAAGACAUAUAGUGCAAAUUGUGACUAGUCGCAAAUUAAUAUGGAAUGAUAAUUAAAGAAUGUUGUGAAUGUAGUAAUUUUUUGUCUUCUCUUCACCAGGAUAUUGCCUCAAAUGCUCAGUUUAUUCUAGGAGGUGCUUCAAGAACAGAUGUUUGUCAAGGUGAUCUUGGUAAGUUAUCAAUGUGGUAACAUUUACUUUUUAUAAAUAUUAACUCAAGCAUCUAAUUUCUUAAAGGCAGGGACAAAUUAUAAUUGGAGCUAAUGUAGCACUAGUUCCAGGUGCAUGCCUAGGGAACGGAUCCACUCUGCUAAAAUACUCUAAAAAGCAGGACUUGCAUAUCGCUAGUCUACUCCCAGGUCCAUCUUCGGGAAGGGAAUGGAAAAUAUACAAAGCUUUUGACCCGGAGGGUUCCACGUUUCUUGAGGCUCUGGGCCUUACAGAACUCAUACCAGUAGCGCUGAGACUAACUUCCAACCACUCCUGUAAUGUCACCAAAGGGACACACUUUGUACCUAGAGGGGACCUAAUUGUACAUACUUUAUUAACAAUUGGUCAUAGUUUCUCUUUAUUUUGUUUCACAGUUUUUUCUUCACAACUGCAAUAUCCUGUUUAUAACACUGUACCACCUUUGAAUGGUCAUAACAGUCAGUGGCGUCUCUAGGAUUCAUUUUUGGGGGGGCACAUGGUGGGCCAGGGACUAAAGUAGGGGGGCACAUUUAACCCCGCCCUCACUGUAGUUUUACCCGCCCCUGCUGCGUGUUAAGCCUCGCACCAAAAAAUUUUUUAUUUUUUUUUAAAUAAUCCCUGGUGGAGAAUUCAUUAUUUUCCACCAAGGAUUAUUAAAAACAAACACAUUUCCCUUGAUACAGUCCAUACACACACACACACACAGACUGCUGACCAUACACACACACAGACUGCUGAGUCCAUACACACACAAACUGCUGAGUCCAUACACACACAGACACACAGACUUCUGAGUCCAUACACACAGUCUGCUGAGUUCAUACACACACAGAGACUGCUAAGUCCAUACACACACACAGACACAAACAGACUGCUGAGUCCAUACACACACACACACACACACACACACACACACAGACUGGUGAGUCCAUACACACACACACAUACACAGACUGCUGAGUCCAUACACACAGACUGCUGAGUCCAUACACACACACACACACACAGACUGGUGAGUACACACACACACACAUACACAGACUGCUGAGUCCAUACACACAGAUACACAGACUGCUGAGUCCAUACAAACACAGACACACAGACUGCUGAGUCCAUAUACACACACACACACACACAGACUGCUGAGUCCAUACACACACACAGACAGACUGCUGAGUCCAUACACACACUCAAACACAGACUGAGUCCAUAAACACACACUGCUGAGUUCAUACACACAGACGGCUGAGUCCAUACACACACAGUGCUGAGUCCAUACACACAGAUAGAAUGCUGAGUCCAUACAUACAGACAGACUGCGGAGUCCAUACACACGCUGCUGAGUUCAUACAUACACUGCUGAGUCCAUACACACACACUGCUGAGUUCAUACACACACACACACACACAGACACACACACAAGCUUCCUCACUUGCAGGCGGACAAAGCCUUCCUUUUGCUGGUGGCCAGAUAUCCAUCUUCUUGCCUUUGCAGCAGCAGCAAGGUCUGCUGCUUAAUGGCAGGGGCAGGGCUUAUGUGCAGGGCGGAUCUUUGUUUGGGGGCGGGGCCUUGCAGGGGAGCCUGUCAGUGCUCCCUCCGGCCACAGACAGCCCCCAGCACCGUUCCAGAUGAGCUCCUCUGCCCUGCAUUCCCUCCCUCGGGCUGUAACACACUGUUAAAGCCCGAAUGAAUAGAAUGUAAGAACAUGGCCAGCAAGUUGCUGGCAUUUGGGGGGGCCUGUGGGGGGGCACAACAUGAUGUAGGGGGGGGCCAUGGCUCCCUCUGCCCCCCCCCCCAGCGACGCCACUGAUAACAGUGCAUGUGUUAUAGAAGGCUGCUAUAAUUUAUCAUAUAUAUUGGAUGUAGAUAAGAAUUUGUACAAUGUUAGGAUAACUCCCUCCCCACCCACUUUCCCAAAGGUUAGAGAUAUUGUUCAACUUUCAUCUAAUGUCCCAUGGACACAUUAAAAUCUUGCUUAUGCUGUUAUAGAAUCCAGAUUUCUCCUGUAGUUUAUUAGAAAAACAAUCAGAUGCUCUUAUUUUACUAGAUAAGACUUUGCUGUUAUGUUAUGUUAAAAUGUGUAUUUUCACAUUUCUUAUGCAAUUGAAUGAUGUGUUCCCUUAUACUGUAUGUUGUAUUACUUGCAAAGAUAUGUACUACUCGCAAACAUGUCAAAUAAAAUAAAUAAUACAUAGAUCUAUAAAAGAUAAACCAAGCAUUAAAAGAAAAUCAAGUGAGGCUUUUGCCUAUCUCGUUCCAUAUGAUAAACUCAGCCAAAAUACUUGUUAUUAUAUUUCACAGUUUCCUUUUCACCCCAAACAGAGAUACUGUAAUUAACUCUGUCAUAAUGUUCAUUUGCAGGAGACUGUUGGCUUUUAGCAGCUAUUGCUUCUCUGACUCUCAAUGAGAAGGUGAUGUUUAGAGUGGUACCUCCUGACCAAACAUUUGACUCUGGAUAUGCUGGCAUAUUUCACUUCCAGGUAUGUGUUUCUUCACAUUGUUUCUUUUCAAUUUGAUUUAAAUAUAUACUAAAACAGUGAAUUGGGCCGGUAACAAGACUUUAUGUCAUUGGGAGAGAGAGAGCAAUGUAUGUAGUCUUUAGAUAGUCCUGUAUAUAUGUAAUCUGUGGGACAUAAGUUGAAAGUGGGAAUGAUAUGGAAGAUCUGGGCAGAACACUGGCCUGCAGCCGCUUGUGAUACCUUGUAUAAAAAUGAAUAAUAUUCUAAAAGAAAGUGGGACAAUACAGCAGUACUGAUCUUACAGAUCAGUAUAGAGCAGUACAGACAUUGUACUGUAAUAAAGUCAAAAUUAUGUCAUAUCUUUUGUCUUCACUUAAAGGAACACUCCAAGUACCAUAACAACUACAUUGCACUCUCAGCCAAUGAGCACAGUCCUGCAUUGGACAUAUUUACUUCAGUAAAGGCAUCUAGCUUUUCCUGCAGGAGAGGACUAAAUGUGGGGCAGGUGUAUGGGUGGCCUAGAUAAAUUGUCAAACCAUCUUAAAAUUGGUUGACGGAUUACCUGGAGAGUGUGCCAGAAUACUCCUACGGAAUAUUUGUUUGGUGCUUGCAGUCUUCCUUUAAUAAAGUAAUCCGUUCCAGAAUGAGCAGGAAAGAGAAUUCUUUUUUUCCACUUAUUUGUCAAAUAUUUACCAGCAUGCAAAAUUAAAUCUCAAAAAAUCUCAUCAUAAAAAAAUCUGAUACUGUCUCCUUAAACAGUUUUGGCAGCACAAUGAAUGGCUUGAUGUUGUAAUUGAUGAUCGCCUCCCCACAUUCAGAAAUCGUCUAGUCUUUCUGCACUCAGCAGAUCUAAAUGAAUUUUGGAGUGCAUUACUAGAAAAAGCAUAUGCCAAGUAAGUAUUUUAAGGCAGUAUUUUUUGCAUGAUGAAUUUUUCAGGGAAUUGUAAGGUGUAUCUUGACCUUCAAAGAGCGUUAGUUCUAUGAAAAUUAGUUGUAGAAAAACAAAAUAUGCAUAAUUAUAUGUUGAAAUUACAAGUUGCAAACAUUCAUUCACCAUACUGUUUAUCGCCUUUUAAUUAUGAGGUUGAGACAUUAAUGGAAUAUAGGUUAUUUACACUUGAUAACUGUACAGAUCAGGAGAAACAAUUGAGAAUAAGAUAUUUAUUAUAAGGCUGAUGAGAUUGCUCAGUGGGCUAAUGCAUCAUCAGUAGAAUCUGUUCAAACCUUUGGGUUUGCAGGUUUAAUUCCUUGCAUUGUGAUUCAGCCCUUCAUCCUUUUCGCGGUAGAUAAAAUGAGUACCAUUAAAUUGAGUAAUGGCAACAUCUUCUGAAUGUUGGGAAAAAGUAUCCCCAGGAUGUACUUGGAAACCAGAGUAAUCUGAUUGUGCAUUUCAUGGUUAAAUACUUUAUUAUUUAGUACUAUAAUACUUAAAAAUCACACACACCUCAUUUUCCUGGACACUUCAGAUUGCUUUUUAUCAAUACAUAGUAGUGAUAAUCACAUUACAUAAAUGAGUUGGGAUAACAAUAAAUGUUGGUAAAAAUAUAUGGGCACAAGAAAACUUGCAACUUAGGAUACAAUGCCUUGUACUUGAUGAUACGAGACCUGGUUGCUUUGAAUUAGAGACCUUUGCACUUGUGGGAAUGAUGAUAUAGGGCACUGGGCCCACAUUUUAUCUUGGAUAGACUAAAACAGAAAACUAAUAUCAGCGGGAUUUCUCUGAAUGUGUACUACCUUUAUGAAAGCUAGACCAGCUCUGUUUAUUUUCACCAUUUUACAAUUUAUUAUAAAGCCCCUCAUUAGUGAUGUCCCGGACGGUUCGCCGAACGGUUCGCCCGCGAACGGUUCACCACGGACUCAUAUUGAGUAAACUUUGACCCUGUACCUCACAGUCAGCAGACACAUUCCAGCCAAUCAGCAGCAGACCCUCCCUCCCAGACCCUCCCACCUCCUGGACAGCUCACUAAGAAUGCAGCUUCACAAUGGAUGCUCUCCAGGAGGUGGGAGGGUCUGGAAGCGAGGGUCUGCUGCUGAUUGGAUGGAAUUUGUCUGCUGACUGUGAGGUACAGGAUCAAAGUUUACUCAAUAUGAGUCCACGGUGAACCGAUCGCGGGCCAACCGUUCGCGAACCGUUCGGGACAUCACUACCCCUCAUGUUACAGUAUUGACUCCAUCUCCUGAUUCCCAAUUAUCCUAUCCUCUGUUGUAACCCAACUUUCUAUAUUCUUGUGUUCUGCAUGUAUAAUAUUUUUUGCCUUUACUUAGCUACUUCUAUAUAUACACCUGUAAUUUUCUUUCCUCAACUUACAAUCAAGUAAAACAAUAAGAUAUGUUUGAGAUGUUUAUUGCCGAUCAUACACUUGUGGUCUCCAUGGAAGAGUCAAUACAUGACACAUCUGAAUAAGGAAAUUCCUUACUCAGAAUUGAUACAAUUUCUUGGUUACAUAAUCUAACAUAUAUUACUAAACAGAAAAUGUUUUUUAUGUAAUUACUCUUGCAUUUAAUUAAUCUUUCAGUUGAUUAAAACUAUGUUUUAUGAAUAAUUAAAAUCUGACAACACAUCCUUAUUUAUGCUCUGAAAAUUUGGUCCCACCAUUUAGCACUUUGAUUACAUAAUUCUCACACUACACCUUAUAGUCUAUAACCCUUUUAUGUAUAGAUAAGCAAUAUCCCACAUUUAUAUCAAGAGAUACAACCCCACUGUCACUGAUUUAGCUCACUUGUAUUCUUAUAGUAUUCUUGCAUCCAAGAGACUUUCAAAAAAUCUGUAAUAUUUAUUGUCUGUGAAGAAGUGUAUGUAUUUGUGUUUUUAUUUACUUUAGGCUGUACGGUAGCUAUGAGGCAUUAAAAGGAGGUAGCACUAUUGAAGCUAUGGAAGAUUUCACGGGGGGUGUUUCAGAAACCUAUGAAAAUAAAAGUGCUCCUAACAAUUAUUUUGAAAUUAUGGAGAAAGCUCUUAAAAGAGGGUCAAUGCUGGGAUGCUCGAUUGAUGUAAGUAGUUUAUUACCUAUGUAUUUUUUUCACUCAUAGAUACAACUGUUGUUUAUAUAAAUCUUGCACAGUAGGACUUCAAUAAUAUGUGGCGCACUGCAAUGUUUAGCAGACGAUCCACAGUACAUAAAAAACGUCAGUCUAGGGACUUCUUGGUAAACAACACAAAUUGCUAUUUAUUUAGUUAACAUCUCAGUUUGACAGCACAAACUUUCUUCAGAUCCUGAAGAUUAGUUAUGUAGACACCCCUGCUUCUCACCACCAACCAAACCAACGUCCCAAGGUUGCCAUGGUUAUAACAGGGUAUUACUUAGAUGAAUUUUGUUUGAUGCCCAGAAGAAGUGGUGCUGAUCACACAGCGUUUUCACCUCUGCUACUCGCCACCUGCCCACAUUGAAACUGAAGUAGGUGGGAGAGCAUCGGAUAAUGAAAUGUAAUUCAAAACAAAUCAAAACUUAUCUCAUGAUACUUUUUAAACUACUGCAGUACAUAAAAACCUAUGACGUCGUUUUUUUAAAUACUUCUUAAUCUGCAAAUUACUAAUUUAUUUAUUUAUUAUCUUUUAGAUCACAAGUUCUGCUGAAACAGAGGCUAAAACCCCUCAAGGUCUUGUAAAGGGACAUGCUUAUUCAAUAACUGGCAUGGACAUGGUAUGUACAAAAUUAAAAUACCCAGAGUUAUUUAAGAAACAAAGUUCAAUGGCACUGAUAAGUCAUCAAUAUUUUGUGUGUUUUCCUCUCACAUGUUACACAUCAGCACUAUACAAUUUGUCAAAAGAUUACAUUUGUUCUGUACUUCAUAACACUAUUUUUGAUUCAGCCAUGAAUCAACAUUCAAAUUCACCAAACUCUAAAUGGCUGCGCACCAAUUGGGACAAAACCAUUGCACCAGGCCACUCGGAAUGCAAAAUCUGGACAUUAUUCACACUACUUAACAAUGUCCGUAUUUUCAAACCAAAGGAGCAUCAGUUUGUCCCAGAUUUCAGUUGGACUGAAUGCUGCCAGACAGCUGAAAUCUGGACCUUCGUCAUCAAAAUCUGUGAUCGGAUGCUUCAAAGCCAAGCACAGAUGUAAAAAAUCCAAAUUAUUGCUUUCUGGCAGCUGAGGUUACUAAAUAAAAAAAAAAUGUUGAGGGAGUACUCCAACAUCCCAUCUUACCACCUAUUGUCAGUGGAUGGGUGUUACGUAUUAAAUGUCGUGGAACCUUGUGUGUGUCCCCAGCCUCACACAUGUGUGGCAAGCUAUUAAUGUUAUAACACCUGGGGGGACCUAAUGUCCCCCUAGCCCUCACCCACAGCUAGCAGGUGGGGUCUUACAGUAAAAUAUACGUUGGCCCAAGCCCCUAGUCACUCUUCCAAUAAAAAUAUUCUAUCCACCCCUAAUAAUUUAAUGUAUUUACUUCACAGGUCUUCUCUGUUGUAAAGUCUUUUUUUCUUCAGAAAAAAAGCUAUUACAUCUCGACAACAGAAAAAGGGUGUUCUAGUAUGUACUAAAGCUUGCCAUGAAAGGGGUUGAAUAACUUUGAGACUGGAGAAGUCAUUAUAAGUUGCAUUUUCUGUUGAAUUUGGGGAAACCACUUGACGCAUUCAUUGUGUGAGCUAUUUCAAUUGUUUUUGUUUCAUUUGUUCAUUGCAAACCGCUAACAGACUAUAAAUUAUGACAAUACACCGGAUUUUCAAUAGAGUCGAAUAAUAUAUAUAUAUAUAUAUAUAACAGAUAAAAUUCGUAUUACGGCUACAAUCUAUAUAUAUAUUUAAAGGGACACUAUAGUCACCAGACAACUAAAGCUUAAUGUAUUUGUUCUUUUGUUCUAGUGAGUAUACUCAGUCCCUGAAGGUUUUUUAAUGUAAACACAGUCUUUUCAGAAAAAAGGCAGUGUUUACAUUUUUUCCUAGGGAUGCAUCCAGUAGCCACUUCUCAGAUGGCCACUAAAGGUGUUUCCUGGGGCAGUGCUGCACAGUGUGCAAAUCAUGCUGAAUUUUCCAUAUAGCGAUGCAUUGAUUCUAUGAGGAGAUGCACACUGGCCAAACCGGUGUUUAGCCCCACCCUGCUUCCUUGACAAUUUCAUCCAAUCCAAUUAUUUUUUAUUGGAAAGCAUUGGACUGGCUGAGAUCAUCAAUUCUGAUAAUGUCAGUCAAGGAGGUGAAUCGGGCUGGUGCCAGCACUGGAAAUAAGGUAGGUUUUAUUAGGGAGGUUAAGGGGGAGCAAGCCACUUAAAUGGUGGUUUUAACACUAUAGGGUCAAAAAUACAUGUUUAAAAUGUGUUAAAACAAUGUUGUCGUUGUUUUUUUUACCUAUAGGUAACUUACAAAGGUCAAAAAGUCAAACUUAUUAGAGUCAGGAACCCCUGGGGACAGGUAGAAUGGAAUGGAGCGUGGAGUGAUAAGUGAGUAUUAGAAAUUAAAUACAGUGAAAAAUAGAGCUACUGGGGCUUACAGAACCAAGCUAUUGCAUGUUGUACAUUUGCAUUACCAUCCAUUUCCUAGUAUGAAUGCCAUUUUAUUGUUUCUGGAAGACUGUGGGGUCUUCUUUAUUACAAAAGUUAGAAUCUCAUUGUUAGAUAAGACAUCUAAUUGAUAUCCCCUCAUGUGGUUAUGAUGCCCUGAGUCUUUGGGUGCAAUAUAUUGUUUUUCUGUCAAAUAAUUUGGAGAGAUUUGACACACCCUAGAACUCUCCCUAUCCCUUAAAGCCUUUCUGCCCCAUGUAAACUGCACUGAUUAUGUCAAAAUUACACUUCUGCAUUAUCCCUACAAAUCUAUCCAAAACUGGAUGACAGUGAAAUGCCUUCUUUUAGGAACAUGUCAUACAACAAACACAUUUUACUAGUUCCAUUAAUUGUUUGGGUAUGUUGGAAAAUAUAAUACUUUUUCAUGUCGUUUUAUUUUAGUGCCUCAGAAUGGAAUAAUAUUGAUCCCGCAGAGAAGAAACGCCUGACUCAGAUAACACUUGAUGAUGGUGAAUUUUGGUAAAGUAUUUAUACAACGUGUCCAUAACUAACAUUUAUUACAGAGAAUACUAUUUCUGCACCAAUUAUAUUAUCGGAUUGUUCCCAUCCAGCACAGUGCGAGUGUAUCGUGCUGAGGGCACUAGUAUCAAUCAGAAAGCACUUCAGCUGUGCUCUCUGCAUGAUCUGUAAGACUGUCAGAUAGCCUGGCAUUCAUUCACAGGAGGUUUACAUUCCCCUUCUCUGGGUGACACCUUUCCAGGCAGGACCGACCAUUAUGGGCAUUACCAGUGACUUAAAGGACCACUAUAGUGCCAGGAAAACAUACCCGCCGGGCUGCAUGAAGAGGAAAGGGUUAAACUUACCUAUUUCUCCAGCGCUGGGCGGGAGACUCUCCUCCUCCUCUCCUCCUCCUCCUCUCCUCCUCCUCGGCUGAAUGCGCAUGCACGGCAUUCAGCCAGUCUCAUAGGAAAGCAUUCAUAAUGCUUUCCUAUGGACGCUGGCGUCUUCUCACUGUGAAAAUCACAGUGAGAAGCGCAGAAGCACCUCUAGCAGCUGUCAAUGAGACAGCCACUAGAGGCUGGAUUAACCCAGUUAUAAACAUAGCAGUUUCUCUGAAACUGCUAUGUUUAUAGAAAAAAGGGUUAAACCUAGCUGGACCUGGGACCCAGACCACUUCAUUAAGCUGAAGUGGUAUGGGUGCCUAUAGUGGUCCUUUAACAUGUCUCUUUAGGUCUGCCUAUAUCUUGUCCCACUUUCAUAUUUCGAUAAGUUGGAAGUAUGCCUACUUUAAAUGUACUGUAUAUGCUUUUCUGUACUGCAUCAAAUGCCUUCAGUGAAUCUUGAUCCUUUUAUCAUUUAAUAAUUAAAAUGUUUUGAAAAAUGUCAGCUAUGAUUAGGCUUUACAGUAAGUAAACACAAUGAGAUCAUGCUUUUUCACUAGAUCAUUGAAAUAGAAAUGAUUGCUAAAUGCCCUGAAAACUAUUAUCCUUAUACAAAACUUGGCUGUGAAAAAUUACUAUUCAAUAAAUAUUGGAAAGUAGGAAAAUUACACCUAAGGAAAUUCGAUAUUUUAUUGGCAAUACAACUGACAUUUUACAUUCUAUAGGAAUCCUGAUUACACGUGUCUUGUGAUUAUCAUUAUACUGCUACUUUCCAUAUUUUAAUUAGGAUGAAAUUUGAGGACUUCAAGCACUAUUUUGACAAGGUCGAGAUCUGUAAUCUUACACCUGAUGCUUUGGAUGAUGACACUACACACAAGUGGGAAGUUUCGGUCCACCAGGGAAGUUGGAUUAGAGGUUCUACUGCUGGAGGAUGCAGAAAUUUCAUAGGUAGGUCAUUUGCUAUAUGUUACAUUUUUUUAUUUCAUUCUAAUUUAAAAUGGUGGGAAAACAAGAGGGAAGCUAAACAUAUGUAAAAAAUAUAUUUGUAAGUAUUUGUGUGUCUGGGAGUGGAUGUCUAGCAAUGGGUGUGAAUGCAGAGUGUAUUUGUUAGUGGCAGUGUGUGCAAAUGUAGUGUGUAUCAGUGUCUAUGCAUGUCAAUGUGUAUAUGGUGGUGUGUAGGGCAUGGUGUGUGUGGUGGGUUUAUAUAUAUAUAUAUAUAUAUAUAUAUAUAUAUAUAUAUAUAUAUAUAUGUAUGUGUCUGUCUGAGACAUAUACCUAUGUCUGUUUGUUUCUUUGAAUGUGUAUUGGUUAAUGCGUCUGUGGGAAUGUUUGUGUCUAUGUGAGUAUUUGCAAAUGUGGAUGAAAGUGGUUAUGUUUGUGUUUGUGUGAGUAUGUAUGUGUAAGUGCAUAUGUAAAUAUGUCUGUGGGGGUAUGACUGUGGGGGCCCUUUCCAAAUCUGGUAAUUUAGUAAGGUGUCCCAAACUUUCUGACGGAAGCCCUCAAUGGCAACAAAGUAAUGCAUAAAAAGCUACAAAUUCCAUAACUGGAUGCAGUAUUGCAUCUGAGAUGAAUAGACCAACAUUGAAACAUAUUUUAUUUUUGAAAAAACACAAUGUGGGUUCCAUGUGGACUAUGGAUGCACAAUAUAUAAGUUAAGGCAGGGCUAGCAAAUUUUUGAAGGAGCAGGUAGAGGUAAAUUACCAUUUUUGCAAGAAACUUAACCUGCUUUUACUCACCAUCUACACCUAUUUUUAACUAUUAAUAUCAUUGACACUAGCCCAAAAACAAAAGUUUUUUUUCUGUUGUGUUUUUCUAUUCUUUAUUGAUAGAUCGGCACAAAAGCAUAUUCAGGAUAAGUUGAGCAAUAGUUGAGCCAUGUACCUCUUGUUUUACAGCACAAAGAUAAGCAAGAAAUAGUAUCUAAUUCAAUCAGAUAUAGCAAGAGUAUAACAAGAAAUAACGCUCUAUGCCUGUAGCUCAGUAUAUGGUGCUGAUAGUGAUAUAGGAACAGCUUACAUUCCUUGAAAAGUAGAAUAUACAACAUCAUAAAAAAAAUAAAAAGAGGGGUUACGGAGUCAGUCACUGAAGGAAACAGUCACACAAGCUAGGAGCUCCCAAGAAAGAUUUGGUGUUUCCUCACCUAAUUGCUAUUACAAAGUCGUUAACUCAUCUACAAACUGCUUUACCACUAUGGAAAAUAAAUCUGAACUCCGCAAGAGCAAAGCAACUCCCUCCUUUUAAGAUAUCGGUACCCUGCUUCAAAGAGGCCUACAAAGAGGCCUACAAAGAUGGUGCCCCCGUGGGAAGACUCAGACCUCGCCUCGGAGGAAGGCAAACAAGAUUACUUCAGAUAUACUGACUGAGCAGAACCCAGUAAGAGCCAUACUCUCCCUGAUUGCGACCCGGUUCCCACAUGGGUGA